AUGGAAAACGAAACUUUACAGCGCCGUUCAACGGCUACAAUCAAGAAUAUGGGAAUAAAUUCUUAUCCUACAUUUGGCGCUCAAGGUAAUCUUACUGACGACAAAUUAACUAUUUUACCUGUACUACAAGAUACACACUGUAUUACUCAAGAACAACGUAUAUUCUACGACGAACAGUUAUCCUCAAGUAACCACACAACGAUGAAUUGGGAUAUGGAAGCUAAUUAUAUAUGUCCAUCAGUUGUACAUCAUUCUUCAAAUAAUAAUUAUAUACAUUUAACUGAAUGUGUUUUACAAACAAAUCCAUCGACAACAGUUAUUCAAAAUACACAAACAAUGAAACUAAAUGAUGAUGAAAUACAACAAGAUGCUAUUGUUAAUGCAACACAACAAUCAUCGACAAUUAAUGUUGGAACAACAAAACAAAAUUUUUCAAAUUUCACUAAUACAGAUCUCAAUGGUUCAAAAGUUAUUCGUCUCGUUCGUGCUAAACAAGCAACUAAACGUAAAUCAAGUUUAGAUACAUUAAUUGAAGUUGUACAAAAAGAAUUACUUCGUGUAAAUGGUCAAUCAAAUUCAACUUCACCAUCAUCAUCACCUCCUCAUUAUUCUCAAACACGUCCAUCAACAUCAUCAAAACAAUUGCAACAACAACAACAAGCACAACCACAUCGAUCAAUAAUAUCAUCUGUAUUACCAUCAUCACAUCCAAGUUCAUUAACAUCUCAAUCAAAUCAUUCAUUUAAAAUAGCACGUAAACGAACAAAUCAUCAUUUAAAUAAUACAAAACGAAUACCAUCGAAUCGACAUCGAAGUAAAUCAUUUAAUAAUAAUGAUGAUUUUACAGAUGAUAUCGAUUUUAUGGAUGAUGAUGAUAUUAAUAAUAAUCAUCAUGAACAACAACAACUAGAACAACGACAACAAUUAAAUGAAUCUAUGGAUGAUGAUAUUAUACAAUCAUCAACAGAAAAUAUUGAAGAUAUUGUUCGUGAAACUGUUGAUAAACUUGUUGCGAUAACACUACUUAAUAAUGCACCAUUUAUUGUUAAUAUGAUUACGGGUACCCCCGGUAAUACUACCAAUAUGAAUAAUGAAUCGAAACCAUUGACAAAUAUUGUUAAUACAAAUACUACAUCUGCAAUAAAACCUAUUUCGACAACAUCCUCAUCGGAUUAUUAUCGUAAUGAUCUUGCAUUACUCUCAUCAACUGCAAGUGAAUUACGAAAUUCCAUGCAACAAGCAUCACCUAUAAAACAACAACAGCAAAUGAUUCUACAACCAACAACAUCUACAACUAUUCAAACAAAUUCUUCAAUUAUUCCAACUGAACAAAUUAAAUCUUCAACACCAACAUUAUUUGUUACUCCACCACGUAUAUUAAAUCUGCAAACAGUUGUACCAAAACCAACAACAAAUAUUCAAAUUGGUAAUACAAAAAUUAUUCUUGUAUCAUCAUCAACAAAUCUUCCACCACCACCUCAACAACAACAACAAUGUCUUGUUAAUAAUAGUCCAGUUAAAUUAGUUAAAUUAACUUCAGCAUUACCAAAAAAUGUUCAAAUUGUAAUACCAUCGCGAACAUCUAAUGAAUCUCUUUCGACAACAAUUCAUCCAUUAACAACUUGUUCUAUUGAUCAAAUACCUCAAGCAGCACAAGAAGUAACUAUAACAACAUCACCAAAUUUAAAUAAACUACGUCGACGUUCAUCAAGUACAACACCAACAGAUAAACCUGUUGGUAAAAUUUUACGACCAAUUGCUAAAGUUCUUCCUGUAUAUUCACCGAAUAAUAGUAAUCAUACAACUAGUUUAUCAUCGACUAUAGCAACAAGUCCAAGACAUGAUGAAAUAACUAAACCAAUGGCAAUUAAUUUUCAACAACGACCAGCAUCAACACAUGGUCCAAUGAUUUAUCGAAUGACAUCGGUGAAUUCAAAUGUACCUGUUUUUCGUGUACGAGCAACAACAGCUCCGACAACUUCAACAAUCAAUACUGAUGCAAAACCAAUAUCAGUUGCUACCACUACAAGCAUGUGUUAUGAACCUAAACAAACGCAUAAUACAACGACAACAAGUGGAUCAGUUUCUGUACUUGCUUGCUUUAAAACAACAAAGAAAAGAAAUAAGGAACGAGCUAUUAUGCCACGUCCAAGCACAACGGAUUCUCUUGAUACUUCUCAUGAUUUACAACAACGAUUAAAUACUAUAACAACUAAUAAUUUAUCAACAUCAACUACUACAAAUGUGCCUUUAACAAUUAAUAAUCAUACUACAACAGAUGAUUUAACAAAUGGUAAUUCAACUAUUUUUUCAUCAUCUGAUUAUCGUCAACAAUCAACAUCAACACGUCUUAUACAACAAUAUAAUUUACCAAGAACACAUUUGGAUAAAACAUCAUCCAAUAUACAUUUAUUAUCAACACAGCAACAUAAUGAUUCAACAAUAUCAUCAUAUGACCUUAAUAUAUCAUCUCCAAAUAGUAUUCCAAUAAAACGUUGUAGUUCAAUACAAUUAAAUAAUAAUUCAAAUUCAAUUAAAACAAUUACAACUCCAUUAAUAUCCCCAAUAAAAUCAUUAUGUUCAACAUCAAAUAUACGACCAUUAAUGGAAGAUAAAUGUAUUCAAUGUAUUGAUGAUAAUGAGAACAGUACAGAACAUAAUGAACAAUUAACAAAAAGUAAUAUAUUAAAGAAACGAAAUGGACAAUCUCAUGAUGAUAAUAAUUCAUCUAGUGAUGAAAGUUGGACAGUAGCGGCUGACACUCUUCUUCGUAAUGUACUAUCACAAUAUGGUUUUCGUUUUCUGGAUGUUAAUUGUCAACAAAAUUUAUUAGCUAAAUUUGAUAUUAUUCAAGCUAAUCUUGUUAGUGGUAUGAUAUCAUCAAAAGAUGAAUUCUAUAAAUCAGUUCAUGAUAUAAAAGAAACAUUACUUAAAAAUGGUCUAUCGAAAAUAUCUGCUGAUAAUCUAGAAAAAUUAUUUAAUUAUUUUGAACUUGAAUAUCCAAAAAUCCGUGAUGGUGAUUCAAUUAUUCGAACAAAUGAUCGGAAACGAACACGACGACAAUAG